AUGGCGCGUCAGCCGCACAAGGACGCGCCCUACUACUUCGACACGCAGGGCAUCGACAUCAAGGCGACCGUCACCGUCCGGGCAUCCACGGUGGAGGAGUGGAUAUCGCGCGUGUGGACGACCUACCUCCGGGACGCCGACGACAAGAAGCUCGUCGGCCUAGACACCGAGUUCACCGACUCCGUCUUCGGGAAGAAGCAGAAGGACCUCCCCAACGAGCAGAAGCAGCGCGCCGCCGUCCUCCAGCUCUGCGUCGCCAACGAGUGCCUGGUCUACCACAUCGUGCACGCGAGGCACAUACCGGCAAUGCUCCGGCGGUUCCUCGCCGACGGGGACAUCGUCUUCUGCGGAGCCGGGAUCAAGCAGGACCAGGAGAUGCUGGCCUACUACGGGCUGGAAAUCGCGUCCGCCAUGGACCUGCAGCGGGACGUCGACGUUCCGGUGAGCGUCUGCGGCAAGGUGACGCCGUCCUUGAUCGACCUGGCCAACUACUUUCUGGGAACGAGGUUUAGCAAGGACGGGGAGUGCGCCAGGUUGAGGAGGUCGGGAUGGGGCGCCUUCCCGUUGAGCCUUGAGCGGAUCAGAUACGCGGCGGUGGAUGCUCGUCUCAGCUUCGAGGUCGUUAGGCAGCACUUCCGCUCUCGUUGCUACGAUCGCCCUGGCGACCGCUUCAAUCUAGCAUGA